AUGCCACUGCGGCGAUCCAUGCCGAUGACCCCCUCAAUCUGGUCUCAGACGUUGCGCCGCCACUACACGUCUCGACAACAUUUAGAUACUCCAACAAUCCGGAAGACCUCAUUCCCUGCCCUGAGUGCCGCGCUGGUCUUCUUCAACCCCAAGCACAUCUCCAUCGGCAAUGGAUACCACGGCAGCCAUGGCGUCAUCAGCAUCAUUUCCCGCCUCACCGGCCUCAAGAAGCUGGACCUCGACUGCCCCGCAGAGCAGUUGGAAAAGGGCGACGUGGUCCUGCUGGAAACGCCCGUGAAUCCGUACGGGACGUCGUUUAAUAUCAAAGCAUAUGCGGACAAGGCUCAUGCGCGCGGGGCGUAUCUGCUGGUGGAUAGUACGUUUGGGCCGCCCGGGUUGCAGGAUCCAUUCCUGUGGGGGGCGGAUAUGGUGAUGCACUCUGGCACAAAGUAUCUGGGGGGGCAUAGCGAUAUGCUCUGCGGCGUGUUGGCGACGAAGAAUAAAGAGUGGAGGGAGAGAUUGCUCAAUGAUAGAGCUUACUUGGGGAACGUGAUGGGGAGCAUGGAGACCUGGCUAGGCGUGCGCAGCUUGAGGACUUUGGAAGUCAGAGUCCAGAGGCAGAGUGAGAAUGCCACAGCACUGGUGAAGUUUUUGCACGAUGCACUGAAGACGUCGGGGUCAGGCAAUGGCUCUACGGACAUUGUCCAAGCUACUGUGAAGGAGGUGGUUCAUUCGAGUUUGCAGGAGAAGGAUAUGGAGUGGUUAUCGAAGCAGAUGCCCGGUGGGUUCGGGCCGGUUUUCUCGAUUAUACUCAAGGAAGAGCGCAUGGCGCGAGUGCUUCCAACAAAGUUGAAGUUCUUUCAUCAUGCCACGAGCCUUGGCGGUGUCGAAUCUCUGAUUGAAUGGCGUGCGAUGACGGAUUCGACUGUUGAUCGAAAGCUUUUGAGAGUGAGUGUGGGCUUGGAGCACUGGGUUGAUCUCCGGGAUGACUUGGUGGCUGGGCUGAAGACUUGCUUGGACGGAUGA